GUGUGGCUUCCACGCACGCCCCAAUAUUCCAUCUGCACGCUAGCUGUAGUUCUAGAGCUCAUCUCAGUGCACUUGAUCAGCUGCGUCCAUGGCUCCCGACCUUAGCUCCCACGUCCAUGCAGCCACGGACGCCGCCCCCAAGCCCACCUCCAAGCCAAAACAGGACGAGAUCGAUCCUGCCAUCGACGACGUGGAGGCGGCGGGCGGCGCCGAAGGCGACGGAGACGGCGUGAACUACUUGGCGCGCGCGCAGUGGCUCCGCGCCGCCGUCCUGGGCGCCAACGACGGCCUCGUCACCGUGGCAUCCCUCAUGAUCGGCGUGGGCGCCGUCAACCAGGCCAGGGGCGCGAUGCUGGUGGCGGGGCUCGCGGGGCUGGUCUCCGGCGCGUGCAGCAUGGCCAUUGGCGAGUUCGUCUCCGUGUACGCGCAGUACGACAUCGAGGUGGCCCAGAUGGAGCGCGAACGCGACAACGGGGAGGAUGGCAAGAAGGAUAACCUGCCGAGCCCGAUGAUGGCGGCGGGCGCGUCAGCGCUGGCGUUCGCGGCCGGCGCCGCGCUGCCGCUGCUGGCCGGCGGGUUCGUGCGGACGUGGGCGGGGAGGGUCGUGGCCGUGUGCGUGGCGAGCAGCGCCGGGCUCGCCGGCUUCGGCGUUCUUGGAGCGUACCUGGGCGGCGCGAGCGUGGUGCGGUCCGGGGCUCGGGUGCUCGUGGGAGGGUGGCUCGCCAUGGCGACCACCUACGGGGUGCUUAGGCUCUUCGGCAUGCAGAGCGCUUAAUGAGAUUCAAAUCAUAUGUGGGCAUAAGUAUAUUGUCGCCACCUAAAUAACUGAUCCGAUGGACCAUGGAUAGAUUAGCUAAUGACAGAAGCUGUUCCGAUCGACAACAUCCAUUGGUGUGUACUGACAACUUUGUGUACUGAGUAGCUACAUGUUGUUUGCUUUACGAAAAACAGAUCACGGUGCACUAGUGUGAGUAGCAAGUACGAA